AAAUGGACGAAUAAUUUGGAAAACUUUUUUCAGGCAGCGCAUCAUCUUCGUAAAUUGUGCAUUGAUUGCGCCGUAAGUUUGCCUUCUGCAGCGGUCGAAGAUCUGUUCACUGUUUGUAUGCCGAACGUUAGCCAUUUGGACAUCAGCUCAUUCAAUGACAUAAGUAUCGAUUUGUUGCUCAGGCUUGCUGGAUGCUUUCCGAAUGUCGAGACGCUGCACAUAGAGGGCUUGAGGCAGUGUUCCGAUAAAGCUGAUGCAUGUGAACACGGCGAUAGCAACAAAUGGCCGGAAUUCAUGAAAGUGUUGUUCGACGAUGAGCACACUUUUCCAAAACUUCGGAAUUUUUUCAUGGAUGAUAUCAGUAAGUGUGGGCCUGGUGCUCCGGCAAAACUGUUGUCCUGGAAUCGUCCACUCGAAAUAUUGCGCCUGAAACACGAAGUUACAUCAAUCAACUUUUAUGGAUUAAUAACUUCGCCGUUCAAGUCCACUCUUACCGAACUGUAUCUUGGAUGGUACAUCAAUAAUCAGGAUUUUCGUUAUAUUGGCGAGCUACAUAAUCUAAAAAUCUUUUCGCUUUUAUUGUGCUUACACACCAGGGAUGAGGAAUUUAUACAUUUAAAGAAACUGAGCAAUUUGGAGGAGCUGUAUAUAUCUUGUGGUGGUGAGGAUUGUGAUCUUACACCAGACGGUAUCAUUGCGCUGUUCGAUUUACCGUAUGAAAUGCCCGAAAGGUCGUUUCCCUAUAAAUUACGCAGUUUAGCACUUACGGAUCUGCAUAUGUGUCACAAGGAAGUCCUGGAAGUUAUCGUUCGAAAGUGA